AUGUUGGACUUGACACAUCCAGAUACUGCAAGUUGGUUCAAGCAGAUUCUUCAGGAAAUGGUGGAUGAUGGAGUCAGAGGAGGAUGGCUGAUUUUGGUGAAGGCCUGCCUGUGGAUGCCACCUCUAUUCAGUCCACUUAAGGUGGCAAUCACUUUGAUCAUGCUGGGUUCUGAUGCCAAGAGCAAAAGAAUGAGCAAACUAGAGACUCUGGAGUGA